GAGAUAUUUCUGAUCAUGUGUGUUUGAUUUUUAUACUCUCGACAAAUCUUACCUCUGUCAGCUGUGUUGAUUUAUCACGAUCCGUUCGAAAUGCCUGUUAUUUUAAGGUAUACGUAUUAAUCACAAAACAACAUGGCGGAUUAGCACAUAACGAUAUAUUCGUUUCGUCUGGAUUUUGAUGGAUACUUAUUGUGAUAAACCAUCAAAAACUGUCAAGCUAAAACCAGCAUUGAAUGGAUGCUGGAAAUUAAAGAAUAUUAUCACAAAGGAUGCGCUGGUUAUCAGAUCCACCAUAAAUGAAAUGACUGAUACACUUAGUAAACAUGUGAAAUACAACAAGAAAUGGGUAAACUUUACUGUAUAUCAUUAAGACAUGUUAUGUUUAUUAACAUUUGUGUUUAAAAGUAAAUGGAACAUUUUCUUUAAGUGUGUUUUCGGAAAUAAAUCAAGCUGACGCACAUGCCCCGUAAUCAGGGGCCAAGGCGGCCUCUGGUUUUACAGCCACAGGAUCGGGAGAUCAUAACAUCGAUUCGAGAUACGCUGCACAAGUGUACAGAUCAAGGCUCAUCUCAGACAAAGAAAGCUGAUUCUCCUGAUGUGGGCAGUCAGUCACGGCGUGAGAGCGUUUCGUCAGGGUCAGGUUCUGGUGGGACACCCAGCUUACCUAAACCUAAUGUUCAGAGCUCAAAUGGCUCUUCACAGAAUAAAAAAAACUACACUGACAAUGCAUUACGUUCGAUCAGGGAGGCUUUAAAACCAUAUAAAACACAGGACUUGGGCAGCUCUAGCCAAGAAUCUUCACAAGAUAGCUCUUAUGCAGAAGUAAAUAAGCAAGUUCUACAACAGCUUGGUCUAUCAGAGGUGACUGAGGGGCUGCAGAAGAUGCAUGCUGGUUCUAAUGGAAUAAAGUGGCCACACACUCCUUCCAGUAAGCGAUUUGCUGAAACAGUAAGCCCUGGUUCUGACAGUGCCAGCACUGGUUCAGACACUCCUAGUAUCAAUCCUUUGACUGGAUAUCCUCGUGCAACCCCAGGGCCACAAACGCAGCGUGUCCCUUCUGUUCCUGUGAGUUCAGCUCCUGGACGAGUAACGAGCCCCCCACCAGCGUCACCGGCCCAGAUGUUGUUGAAUGGUCAUCAGACACCUCCACCUGUGCCUCCAAGACUGCCAAUGAGUCAGACAUCCAGCUUGCAGCACAUGGUGUCACCAAUAGGCACACCACAAUUCCAGUCAACUCCCACUUCUGUGUCGGGAAUAAAAGUGAUACAACCAAACAUUUCCUUAAAUGAUUCUAGUAAUGUACCAAGGCAAAUGUUGUCACCUGCAUACAGUCAGGCUGAUCAAGUAACUAUCAAAUACCCCUCACCUGCACAACCACCACCAUAUGGGCAAACUACUCUAAGAGUUGACAACAAACAAGCCAAGGGGCAUUCCAUUCAAAUAAAUACCCCUAAAGGUCAGACCAUACAUGUAGUGGAUAGUCAUAGAAGUGAUGCAGUUAGAAUACAAAUCAACAACACUGGAAUAAUAAAUCCUGCAGAAGUGUACACAAAGGGUCAUCCUAGAAUACAAACUCAUCUUGUGCAAAGUACAUCAGUUAUCAAACCCCCAGCUCAUAUUGCAACAGGUGUUACCCCGCCUGUAAAAACGGCGCAAGAUGGACAUUUCACAUCUUCAAUGCAUACAACAAUAAUACCUCCAAGGAAUUCUCAAGGAGUUCAGAUAACAUGCACAGACAGCCAGAACCCAAAUGGUCACAUUAUCUACCCUCCAGAAAGAAUGACCCAUGAACAACAGUUCCAGCAGCGAUUCCAUGGAAACAGUCCAUUGCAGCUUCAGAUCAAACUGGGAAAACCAACUCAUCAUAUAAUCAAUGACAUAAUGUACUCCCCUGCAGACACACCUCAAUCAACCUCACGAUCUUGUUCCCCGUCAACAACUACAUCAGGCAACCGCAAUCAGUCCCCAAUGUCAAUAGGCUCAACCAACUCAGACAUUCCAGAUCAUCCCCCACCUCCCUACCCUGGCCCAUGUCGACCUGUACCCACAUUCUCGCGGGAUCCCAAUUUGCAUAAAACUAUUCCUAUACAACCAAAGCCUCACAACCCCAACAAAAUGACUUUGCCUUACCCCCAUCCUCAGAUGGUAACGUCAGUGCCUGCUGGAAUUCAGUUUGGCUAUGCAACUGGGCCAGAAGAACAACCUCCAUUGCCACCCCGUGUGCCAAUUAACAAAGGUCUCAGUGAAGAAUCUCAACCUCCUAUUCCCCCGAAAGAGUUUGCAAUAAAACCUAACCAUCAUGACUAUACAGCAGAAGAUCUGUCAGUACUUGUCAUGCAACAGAAGGCUGCCAUUCAGUUGCAGACCCAUAGAGAACUCAACACAACUAAUGAUGAUACAGACAGUGAAGUCAAUUCCAAUAUAUCAGAAGCAAGUAAUCCUGACCAUAAACGAACAUGCACUUCUCCAAUUCCAGAACGAAAACCUGAAUCCGAAGAAAAAGAAAUCUUAAGAAAAGAUUCCACUGUUAGAAAUUACUCACCAGCAGCAUACAAGUUUUUCAUGGAACAACAUGUUGAAAACUUGUUAAAAAACCAUGCUCAGAGAAUAACCCGCAAAAUGCAGCUUGAAAAAGAAAUGGCCAAGGUAAAAUUAUCAGAGGAUGCUCAGCUACAGAUGAGGAGAAUGCUUCAACAGAAAGAAUCAAAUUACAUUAGAAUGAAGCGUUCUAAAAUGAAGAAGGAUAUGUUUGAGAAAAUUAAGAAACUUGGAGUAGGUGCUUUUGGGGAAGUGCAUUUAGUGCGUAAAAAGGAUGUACAACAGUUGUAUGCCAUGAAAACACUGCGUAAAAUGGAUGUGUACAAGCGCAAUCAGGUUGCACAUGUAAAGGCUGAACGUGAUAUAUUAGCAGAAGCUGAUAAUGAAUGGGUGGUCAAACUGUAUUACUCAUUCCAAGAUCGGGAUUAUUUGUACUUUGUCAUGGAUUACAUACCAGGUGGUGAUUUGAUGGGUCUCUUGAUACGAAAGGAAAUAUUUGAUCAGCCACUUGCUAUGUUUUACAUCGCUGAACUAGUGCUGGCAAUAGAAAGUGUGCACAAGAUGGGCUUCAUCCAUCGAGAUAUUAAGCCAGACAAUAUUCUCAUUGAUAAACAUGGACAUAUCAAACUGACUGACUUUGGUCUCUGCACUGGAUUUAGGUGGACUCACAAUUCCAAGUAUUACCAGAAAGAUGGAUUUCAUCCUCGCAAUGAGUCAAUGGAUUUAAGCGAGAACCAUUCUCCAGACUGCAAGUGUCCCAAGUUGAAGCCACUAGAUCGUCGGAAACACAGGAAAUGCCUCGCUCAUUCACUUGUGGGCACACCAAAUUACAUAGCUCCAGAAGUCUUAACUAGACAAGGGUACACUAGAUGCUGUGACUGGUGGAGCGUUGGUGUGAUAAUGUUUGAGAUGUUGGUUGGCCACCCACCAUUCUAUGCUCACACUCCAGAGGAGACACAGUUCAAGGUUAUUCAUUGGGAUAAGACAUUGAACAUUCCAAAAGAAAGGCUGAGUAAGGAAGCGAGCAAUCUUAUUGAGAAACUUUGCUGUGGGGCAGAAAACAGACUGGGAAAUAAUGGUGCUGAUGAAAUCAAAAUGCAUCCAUUUUUCAAACCAAUAGAGUUUGAUGGGCUCAGGAAAAAAACUGCACCCUACCGCCCAGAAAUCAAACAUUCACUGGACACGUCCAAUUUCGACCCUGUUGAUGAUGACGGAAGUAACAGUGACGAGGAACGAGAGCAGCGAAACCCUGAGCAUUCAGUGAAUGGGCGCUUCCCAGAACACGCUUUCUUUGAGUUUACAUUCAAGAGAUUUUUCGAUGAUGCUGGUCACCCCUAUCCAACAGUUAUACAUGCAAAAGAGUCUGUGGACUUGGAUAAAAGCUCAGAGAUGAGUAGUGAAGCAAAUUCACCUGUUUAUGUAUAGCAACAGUGUAUAGUUAAAGGCCAUUAUAUUUGUUUUAGAUUUGCUCAAUUUCAUAGCAAUAAUGGUGCAAAGGUGAAAAAUCUUAGCAGUGGAUUGUGCAAUCGCUUUAUUAGAGAAUAUUACAUCUAAACAAUAACAGUAGAAAGAAGUUUUAUUAAUUUUUUUAGAUACAAUGUUUUGUUGAACAAAAAUACUAUUUUUAGAGUUGUGAUAUUAUACUACAGUAUAUGGAUUGAACUUAAAUUGUUGUAUGGUAACUUUGUCUGAUUAUCAUUCCAUGUUUUAAUGAAAAGUAGCUGUACAUAUUUUAAUUUAGAACCUUUUAUUUGGAUCCAUGUGUUUAAUCUAAAGGGUAUUUUUUGGUUGGUCACUUUACAUCAGCAUGAUAGAGCAUACUGUUCAUUAAUAUUGGCAAUUAAUAAUUAUUUAAGCCAUAGGCAGUGUUUAUAGGUAACAUUCCUCAGAAGCGCAUUAUGAGAUUGCAUACAAAAUAUCUUUUACCAUACUGUUUAUGCCCUGUCCAUGACAAGUGCUGAAGGGCAUAUAGUGCUAGCCCUGUGCGUGUUUAUGUUUAUGUGAGGGGUUUGGGAGACAUGGUCAGAGCAGUGUGGACCCUAAUGAGUUUUUCCUUUUUUGUAUGCAUAUACAGUAAAAACUUAGUCAAACAUCUACCCGGUCAUAUGUACAAUGGUGUAUAAAUGGUACGAAAAUUUGCCACUUUGUGUAUGUUCACUUCAUAAGUUGGUUCAAAAUUAAAAGGAAAUGGGAAAAUGGAAAUCGGGGUCAGUAAAAUUGCGACCCCUGCAAAUUCAUUGUCAGACUCUUUGACACAAUUGUCUUGUUAAAUACUUUAAUUUUAUCAAAUAAUCCUGAUAUCAACAUUUUUGAAGAUCCAUAUAAGAUUCAAUUAGCAAUGUUUUUUCUUCUGUAAUGACUUCAGUUUAGUUUAGUGGCUGGGAAAACCAAAGUUGAAUUUUAAUUUUUACUUUCUUUUUAUUAUAUUUCACUAGUUUGAUUGUCAGGUCAUACUGUAAAUUAUUAAAUUUGGUGAUAUUAUUUAUUUUUAAUGAAAGCUUAGUUUACGUAGAUGACUUCAGAUUUUGUAUCAUAGUAUUUAAUAUCUGUUUGUUUAACCCAGUAGUCCAUACAUAUGUUGUAUGACUAGCACUGUUGCCAGUGACUUAUGGACUGUGGUACCAUGGCUUCAAUGCAGUGUGAUACUGAGCGUCUGCUUUACUUGAGCAUGUGGGAUGGGCCUCACAUUUUAAUGUAUUAGUCCCCUACUAAUUGAAGGGGACAAUAGUCAGUCAUUUGAUGUGUGCACAAAACUGGAUCCAAUGAUUUCUCUUGAAGUCCUUAAGAUACUUAGAUGACUUGUUGGUGUCUUUAUCAAUCGCAUUGUGAGGAUUAUGCAAAAAAUAGAAGAAAACAUAAUAAUUUACUUAUUAACUACAAAAUGUAUGAUCAUGAAACUUGGUAUAAAUUACCUAUGUGUUUGCCUGUGCCUGUCUGUGUGUCAAUACCAAUUUGUUCAUCCAUCAAUCAGUUCACCUGUCCUCUAAUAGAUAUGAUUUCAAUAUUUGGUUUGAAUAUUGAAAGUGAUGACAGGAUUAUACACCCUUGAUUUCUUCAGUGGCAACUGCAGGUUAAAAAUGUCAUUAAAAAAGCAAUUUCGCUAAAAACUCAAUUAAUUGAACAGUAUAUGAGAUAUGAUAAUGAAACUUUGUUUCCACAAUGUCAUGUACAUACUGGAACAUACUGGUAUUCGUUAAAAAAUAAAAUUCAUGCUGCUUUGAGGAAAGGACAUUUCAUUUUAUGAAGGAAUAUAUUGCAAGUACAGAUGAGGAGCUAUAUGAAGGUUAUAUUAAACAGACUCAUUUAAUAGGUUUUCACCUGUGGAGCAGUCCUGUAUUGCCUGUAAAAGCCACUUUUUUAAUAGCAUGCAUUUAAUAUUGAAAUUUAGAUUUGGAUUGUUUUGAUUUCUUUGUGAUUUCUUUGUUGUUUUUUUAGCUCAACUUAGAACAAUGUGUUCAUGGUGAGUUUUUGUGAUCACCUUUUGUCCGUCGUGCUUCGUCAACAUUUACCUUCUAAACACUGAAUAGGCCACAUUUAUUGUCUUCCUGUAACUUGGUCAGAAAAUUUGGCAAAAUUAUAUUUUGGCUGGAUUUGUAACCAGGUCAAGUGAGGUAAAAAACUAAGUUUCUUGAUCAAAUUAAAGAAAAAGCUUUUGAACUCUCAAGAAGUCACAUUUAUAGUCCAAUCUUCAUAAAACUUGGCCAGAACAUUUGUCCUAAUGAUAUCUGAGCUGAGUUCGAAAAUUGUUUCGGUUCCUUGAAAAACAUGGGGUGCGGGAGUUUUCGUUAUGGCCUUUUAAAAACUUUGUUUACACGCAGGUCGCUUGAAAAACAUGGCCAGCAAGUGUCUGGGCAGUUUUCCUUAUAUGGCUAUAGUAAAACCUUGUUAACACUAUAGAAGUCAUAUUCACAGUACAAUCUUCAUGAAACUUGAUCACAACAUUUGUUUUUAUGAUAUAUCGGCUGAGUUUGAAAAUGAUUCCGGUUUGUAGAAAACUUGUCCACCACUGGGAGAAGCAGUUUUCCUUAUAUAGCUAUGGUAAACCUUGUUAACACUCUAGAAGUCACAUUGUUAUUCUAAUUUUAAUGAAACGUGGUCAGAACAUUUGCUGUAUUAAUAUCUCGGCCGAUUUCAAAAAUUGUUCCAGUCUGUUAAAAUAAAAUGGGGCAGUUUUCUUCAUAUGGCUAUUUUGAAACCUAGUUAACUAUCUUUAAGUCACAUGCUUUGCCCAAUCUUCAUGACAUUUGCUCUGAAUGUUAAAUCUAAUGAUAUUUCAAAUGAGUUCAAAAUGGUUCUGGUCUGUUGAAAAAUAUGGCUGCCACAGGAUGUAUCAGUUCAGGUGUGAUUUUGGCUUAAGUGAAACUUUUAACACAGGUUUUCUUUCUGAAGCUCAUUACAACCAUUAAGUAAAUACUACGGUAGUGUGAUAAGGAAGUUGUUUUUGUAAUGCAGAUGAUGAUUAGUAAUUAUGAUGAUGAUGAUGAAACUGGUAAUGGAUUCAGACAUAUUAACAACAACCCAAAUGUCUUAUUAUAUUGUAUUACUCAAAUUAGUUUUGUCAUAACUUCAGAUUAUUGUCUUUAUUUUUCUCAAAAGCUCUUAGUAUUAAAACCAGUAAAACAACAAAAAUUAUACCUUUCAUUUACUUAUUCUAUCCUCUAUCAAACUAAUUAAAGCUCUUUCAACUGUGCUUGCAUUGUUUCAGUUCAAUACAUGUAGUACAAUAGAUUGAUGUUUUCUUAAAUGGCCAUGUGAUUAUUGAUUAUUAUUAACAUCUAAAGUUGACGAGAUGCUUAACUUUUGAUCUCAAAGUCACCUACAAUUUGUGGUAAAAAGUAUACCCAUUGUUGUUUGUUGAUAGUGCUGAUUUUUAAAUUACUUUUUUCCAAAAUAUAGCUUUGUCGCGAAGGGUAAACAAAAAAAAAUCCAAUGCAUAUUUAUAUAUCUGCCAAAACAACAAAUGUUUUCUUUUUACAGAACAAUGUAAACAUCCCUUGCCUUAAAUAAAUACUUCUCAGAUGAGUUACCAGGGCCUUCAAGGCCCUAUUUCUAGUUUGUGACAACCAACUAGGCGUGUAGGGCUGGUAUGACUAUUUAUUACUUUGAAAAAUAUCCAGCUCUUAAUUGCUUACGUAGAAAAGUAUCUAGCACAUAAUCUAGCUUAUUAUGACAAGUAUCUAAUACUGAAUUGUUUACUUCAAAAAGUGUCUAGCAUUGAAUUGCUUGCUAUGAAAAGUAUCUAGCACUGAAUUGCUUACUAUGAAAAUGAUCUAACAUUGCUUAUUAUUAGGGAUGGGAACUAAAAUCCAAAUAUUCGAAAAUCGACCGAACAUUUGACUCUAAUAUUCAUAUUCGAAUAUUCAUUUUUAAGCAAACUUUCACACAAAUGUGUAAGUGCAAAGUCACAUUUUUUGUCUUGUGCAGACAUCUUUUGUAUAUCAGUAUUUUUUUAUAACAACUGCCAUUAAUUAAUGAUACGAUGAUUGGCACACGGGUGGGAAGUAGCAGAGGGGUAGCGUCUUUAAUGGUUUUAUUUGGCAGUUUGCAAUGGUGUUAAUACAAUGUGUUUAAUCUAUUGACUAUCAAAGAUAAUUUACAUGUAAUCACAGUCCAGUGCUCUCAAUUAAGACAUUAUAGUUAACUUAUGUCAUUAAAACCAAUCAUUUUAAUUACUAUAUCCAUGUAUUUAAUCCUUGAUUAUCUAAUCAGAAUUAAUUAAAAAAUAUAUCAACCAAUUAAUUUUGUUUAGAUUAAAUAGCAACUUAUUUAGACUCUUUAGAGUGUUUAUUUCAUACUCGCUUUAUGUUCUAGAAACUUCUACAAUUUAGAGUUAAAGUAAGUGAAAUCGAUCCACAAUGCUACCCUUUCCUGUCCUGAAUUAUUUUUUGUGCUCAAGUGGUAUGGCAAAAUAAGCGAGAAUAACAGUAAUAUGUAUACCAGAAAUAUCUUAUAUCUUUUGAAAAUUAAAAGAAUUAAGUGAAAAUGAAUAUAAUAAUCAAUAAUCAGUUUCAAAAAUGAUUACUCUUACUAUCUCUUUUAUAAAAGCUGCAUUUAAGGUUAUAGUGUGAUUUGUGUCAAAUAGGAACAGCACUUUACUUCAGACAUUCGUAAGUUCAGACAUUUUAAUAUUAUGUUAAAAAUCAAAUAUUAUAAUAUAAUAAUGAAGAACGAAUAUUUUAAUAUUUUUUUCAGUUUUUGUUCCCAUUCCUACCUAUUAUGAAAAAUAUCCAGCACCUAAUUGCUUACUAUGAAAAGUAUCCUGCACUGAAUUGCUUACUAUGAAAAGUAUCCAGCACUCAAUUGCAUAUUAAGAAAAGUAUCUAGCAUAGCUUACUAUGUAAAGUAUUAAGCACUAAAUUGCUUACUACGAGAUGUAUCUAGCACUCAAUAGCUUAUAAUGAAAGUACUAUGAAUGCUUAUCACUACUCAAUACUGCAGAGCAUCGUCCAACUUGUUGUACAAUCAUUUGGAGAAUGUAAGCAUAUAUCACAAGGCUUUAGCAUACCGUAAUUACUCUAAGUUUUCAGACACUUAAAAAUACCCGGUAAUAAAAAUAAUUUGUGUCCAAAAAUUUACAUACGAAAAAUAUUCAAAAAUUACAGGUGUAAAAUUUAGAAACAAAAAUUAAGGUGUCCGAAAAUUAUAAUUAUAUUGAAAUAAAAUCAAUAAAUCAAUGUACAAUAUAAUUUCACAGCUUUUUUCUGAAAUGAUAUAGAACAAAAAAGUUAAAACAUAUAACAUUCUGCUUCCGUAAUAGGACGAAACUGUUUCAAAUGCUGUUGGGUGAAUCCAUUGAUUUCUACCAGUAUACAUGGUUAUUUACCCAAUAACGCUUAUGUAAUGGUCCAUUGCCCUCAGGCAUGCAUCUGCCAGGUUUAAGAACCUUUAUUUGGUUAUAAAACUACAUAAUCGAAGUUUCACAAGAUAAGUGAAAAAAGGGCGGAAGUCUGUAGAAUAACGCUGUAAAAUAUACUGUCUGAAAAUUAAGAGACAUUAAUUAUGGAUGAAAACCCGCAUGUCCGAAAAUUAAGAGUCAUAAAAAAUUAUCAUUUUUGGUAAAAAAGAGGGUAUCCAAAACUAAGUGUCCAAAAACUUAGAGUAAUUACGGUAAUUAUGAUAAAAUGGCAGUUUUGGACAUGAGUGCAGUAUUUGUCCUGAAAAUUAAGUUUUUUGAUAAAUAUAUAUUCUAAAAUAUGUAUUCUAUACUCUUGUAAAGGAUUGUACUCUUCUAAAACAUCUUAAUGUAUCACACUGUAUAAAUUGUCCACAAUAGGUUUUGUAAACAAUGGAUUGGGCUAUGGUGUACUGCUGGGCAGCCAAAUUUCAGGAUAAUCUCAAAGUUGCAACUCUAUUAUCCUAUCCAAAGGCUAACGGAUGUAGAAUUGGCAUUGUCACAAACUUUUGAUGACUAUAUCUCAGAAACUAUGCAAGAUAUCAACAUGAAACUUCAUGGAAGUAUAUAUAUAUAUAUAUAUAUAUAUAUGUAUGUAUAUAUAUAUAUAUAUAUAUCAAUUCAACAAAUUUGCUUGUUAUUUUAUAAAAUUGUUACCAUUUCUAAAAAAAAAUCAUGUUUUCCAAUAAUGUUUUCUGUCUUGAUAUUUUCAGAUAAACUUUCAAAUGCUGAUUAGUUCUCUACCAGUUUCAUAUGAUUUAUUGUGAAACAUAACAUGUGUACAUAUACAGUGCUUGUCAAAGGUUAUAAUGCUCAGUUUUUAGAUGAAAGGGGUUUUGACCUGUAAGAAACUCGUGUAUUGACUUCAAAGCUUUGUUGAUUAUGUUGUUUAUUUAUAGGUUGUUGAAGAAUGCUGUGAAAGAAAAUAGGGCAUUUAGCAUUUUACUAAAAUUCUAUGAUAAAGUGAUUUUGAUUGAAGUGUUAGUGGUCCUUUCGCAAACUGAAAAUAUACAUUUCAUUAAGUUGCAUUUAGCGUUACUGUACUCUCAAAAAACACUCCAUCAUCGUUGAAGUAACAUAAUCAUACUGCACAUGUUUAGCUUGUAAAUUAAAUCUGGAUUGUAUGAAUAAUCCAUAUUUCCCUUUUUAUCAUUCCAGAAUCCAUUAAUUGUAGUAUUUCUUAAACAUAAUCAAGUAUGUAAAGUACAUUCAAUUUUUUAUUUGUCCACCACAAAUCUAGUAGGAUUAGGAAUGCCUUACAUCUGUCUGUCUGUUACACUUUCAUACAUGUAUCCAAGCCGUACCUCCUAUAGCCUUUGACAGAUUUUCAAGAAGCUUGCCUGAAAUAUUAAGGUCAAUGAGACCAUGUUCAUAACAAUAAGUCUUCAUGCCAUCUCAAGAUGAAUGUCGUAUUUAUAGGUAGAAGCCUCUAUUUCUGUCCGGUCAAUUUCUCAUAUUCCCUUUGAUGAAAUUUCAUGACACUGUGCAGUUGUUCAUGUCAGCUCAGGUCAAGAUUAUACGUGAAAGUCAAAAGUUUGAGCUUCUACUUUCAUGUCCACUCCCCUUUCUCUGGUUCUCUUUAAAGUCUUUUCAAGGAAGUUACCUUAAUUGUUAAGGUCAUUGAAAAGAUAUGCAUAAAACAUGAGUAACUCAUGAUGUCUGAAGGUCAAGGUUUUAUUUACAGUUCAAAAGUUUAAGCCUCUAUUUUUGUGUCCACGUCAUAUCUCCUUUAACGUUUGAAAGAUUUUCUAUAAAAAAUAAUGUCAUUGAGGAGAUCUGCUCGAAGGCGCGUACGUCAGGCUGUCUUAAGGUCAAAAUCACAUUGCCACCUGCAUUUUAGAGUCUGAUCUUUAUCUCUUACACUGUUUCAUGCUUAUGCGCUACAAAUAUUUAUGAUAUUUGGUAUGAUACUGUCAAGCCACCUUAUAGUCAUUAAAAACUUAAAGAUCAAAGGAAUCAUACAAGGUGAUAUAGUUAUCUCUUUGACUGCCUUUUUCUUAAUCAUGCUAUCCUAACAAGAGCAUAGUCUUCUUAACUACUUUUCUGUGCUAUAUCUGUAGACUGUACAUAGCAUACGGUGUAUUUAGAGUGAAAUUAGCACACAGUUUCCAUUCCAUGAUGCUGGUUGAUUAAUCAGACCACUCAGUGGCCAUCAUGUUGAGCGUAAGACAAGUAAACAACUGGAGCAGAUAACUACAUACAACCCAUGCUCAUUGUGUUUCUAUUAGCACAGUGUUUUUGUGUCGCAUGACUAUGCACACAUAGCUUUUCCUAAACAUAACUCUGAUAACCAUUCAAGCUGACAAGAUUAUCUUCAUUGGUAGAUUAAGUUUUUGUGGUAAAGUACAGUGUAAAAAAAACAGUGCUCAUCAUGUCAUACAACUAUUCCAACUUGAGUAGUGUAUUGAAAUCGAUUUAGAUUUUUACUAAUAUUUUGUUAUAAAACAAUAUUUCAUAUUGCUCUAAGUUCCUCACAACUUCCAGUAUGAAAAACAACAUUGUUAGAAUCUUACCUUGGUGUACAUUUUAUGUAAAUAUUAUAUGACUGUUGCAUGGUGAUAGAUACUAUUUAAUGUUGUACAUAAACAAAUAUCUGUACAUGCAGCUUACUGUUAUAUAUGUGACUGUUAUGUCUGUGUUACAUACAAGAAUUUAACAAAUAUCAUUUUGAAUAAAAUGAAUCAUAAUAAUAAAAAUACUGAAAUAAG